AUGUCAUCUGGCGACAAUUUUAUUCUCACGGGCGAGGCCCUCGACGAGGCCCUACCCAGCAUGUCAAUGGCAACCAAGGCCAUCCAUGGCGACGACUUCUACUCACCUCAUCGAGCCAUUGCUCCUGGUAUGCAUGUGGCUGUCAACUACCGUUAUUCCCGUGACCCCGAGAAUCUGAAGUACAUGGACAAUCUCGAUCCCAACGCACCGAACGAUUCUCAUAUAUACUCACGCUACACAGCCCCUAACUCUAACAGGCUGGAGAAGCUACUCAAGAGUCUCUUUGGCGCCCACGUGGUGACCUAUUCUACCGGCUUAUCCGCUUUCCACGGCAUCAUGGUUCUCCUCAACCCCAAGCGAGUUUUCCUCACCGAGGGCUAUCAUGGCAUUCAUGGUGUCGUAGACAUCAUGUCGCGCAUUACCGGCACGAAAAAAUUGACCCUUGAAGAUGUGGAUCAGGCCGGGCCGGGCGAUGUGAUCCACGUUGAAACGCCCGUCAACCCCACGGGCGAGGCACGAAACCUUGCCUACUACAAGGCAAAGGCGGAUGCCGUGGGCGCGUACCUAACCGUCGAUGCUACCUUUGCACCUCCACCUCUUCAGGACCCUAUUCAGAUGGGCGCCGAUCUCGUUAUUCACAGUGGCACAAAAUACCUUGGUGGACACUCGGACAUGCUAUGUGGACUUCUCGUUGUGCACCCCGAGAGGGAGAAGCAAGGCUGGGCUGAGACUUUAUACAAUGAUCGCCAAUACAUUGGCUCAGUCAUGGGCUCUUUUGAGGCAUGGCUAGGCAUUCGCUCUGUUAGGACACUCCAGUUGCGUAUUCAGCGACAGGCAGAUAACGCCAUGAAGCUUGUCAAGUGGCUGACCGAAGAGAUGGCGAAGCCUGACUCUCUGGUCAGCGAGAUAAUUGAGACUGUCCAACACAGCUCGCUUCAGUUGGCCGAUAUCCAAGAUGGCUGGUUGGCCAAGCAAAUGCCCGGUGGCCAUAGUCCUGUCUUCUCCAUUGUCAUGAGGACUAAGUCGCAGGCGCAGAAUCUUCCGAGUAGGAUGUAUGUGUUCCAGCAUGCUACUAGCCUGGGAGGUGUUGAGAGCUUAAUGGAGUGGCGCGCUUUGAGCGAUAAACUCUGCGACGAGAGGCUGAUUCGUAUCAGUUGCGGCAUCGAAGAGGCUGAAGAUCUCAAGGCUGAUAUUAUUCAAGGCCUUCAGUCUGUCUCGAAAGAUAUUUAG